AUGAAGAACUACCUUGGUAUCGUAAACAAUUUUGUAGGGGCAUUUCAUGAUGCUGUUGUGUUAUAUGCGCUUGCUUUAAAUGAAACUAUUGAGGCUGGUCAACCGAUUUCUAACGGUACUGCUGUCACACAUAGAAUGUGGGACAGGACAUUUAAUGGCAUAACAGGCACGGUUGCUAUAGACGAAAAUGGUGAUAGAUUGAUGGAUUAUUCCCUUCUUGAUAUGGAUCCACAUACAGGACAGUACCAGGUUGUUGCCAAUUAUUAUGGAAAAUCGAAACAAGUGGAAUUUGUGCCAGGAAAACAAAUUCACUUUGGUGCUGACAACGAUGAACCUUCAACAGAUACUAAACAGAAUAAGUCUGAUAAACAACAGGGGAUCAGUGAGAUGUUGGAAGAAUUGCAGAAAUCUUUCGCUAAAGUCACCGCAGCUGUAGAAGAGCAUAGAAUCAAACUGGCAGCUAUCACAAAAUUGAUAGACGAAGAAUGAGAUGACAGAAAAGAUGAAGGCCGACGUUAUGGGAAAUACGAAUACGAAAAUAAUGAUUUUCAUAUUUUCUUAUUGAGAUUUAUGACGAAGUUGUAUUACUGAUAUAUACAGUAACCUCUGUACAUGUAUAUAUACCAAUUAUAAACUUGAAGCAUUA